AUGCAUACAUAGCGGAAACCAGAAAGGAAAUGACAAUCAGUACGUGCUCGAUCAUUUGGGCUUUGUGAACGCGAUCCUUAUUUACUUCAAACAUUUUUUUCGUCAUUCGUACGUCAUUCUUGGCGUGCUAAAGUUCGGACAAGAGAUAAUUAAAAAAUAACGUUAAAUCUAAGUGAAGGAACUAACUGUGUAUCGAUUGCAAGGAGGAAAAACCAACAAAGGUCCGAGGGUCAUUGGGAGAGGAAAAAUGAGGGAGGUAUUGUUCGCGCUAUGCGCUAUUCUUGCUGUUGCGACAGCCAGAGUAGUCAUCAACUCGGAAAACCAAGCUCCCCAUUUGUUGGGCGCAAAAGAAUGCACGUGGGGACCGUCUUACUGGUGUCAGAAUAUAACGAACGCAGCAAAAUGCAAAAGUACUCAGCACUGCAUAAAAAAAGUAUGGGAGUCCAUGAAGGUGGAGGAUGACAAGGACAGCGUGUGUGGCAUCUGUAAAGACAUGGUUCGUCAAGCACGAGAUCAAUUGGAGAGUAACGAAACCCAGGAAGAUUUGAAGGAAGUUUUCGAGGGAAGUUGCGCGCUGAUGCAGAUCAAACCAAUCGUUCGAGAGUGCGAUAAAUUGGUCGAUGAAUUUAUUCCUCAACUCGUCGAGACUUUGGCAUCGCAAAUGGAUCCUUCAGUCGUGUGUUCUGUAGCUGGUCUUUGCAAUUCGGCUCGCAUCGAUCGCAUGAUCGAGAAUCACAACAAAUUAUUGCGGAAGAAUUCCGGUAAAAUAUCAUCGUUGAGCGACGACGAGCUCGAGCCCGACGAAUGCUCAAAAUGCUUCACGAUCGCUACUCACAUGGAAGAGAAGUUUAAUUCGGCAUCGCGAGAUCAGGUGCUUGAUUCGAUGUUGAAAGUAUGUGGCGAAAUGAGUUCAUUCAGUGACGCUUGCGCCUCGAUAGUCCUCGAAUAUUUCUCGAUGAUUUACACUCACCUCAGAAGCAAUUUCCACGCCAAGAAUAUCUGUCACUUAUCGGGUCAGUGCGCCGGUAUGUUCCACAGACACGAGAACUCCACCAAGGAUCUUGAAGUCGAAAUACGUCCGUUGUCGAGCGUUGGAAUGGUCGAUGUUGGCGACGAUUUACCCUGCGAAUUGUGCGAACAACUCGUUGGGCAUCUUCGCGAUUUGUUAGUCGCUAAUACAACGGAACAAGAAUUUGAACACGUGCUCGAGGGACUGUGCAAACAAACAAAAUCAUUCGCUCCUCAAUGCAAAUCAAUUGUCGAUGAGUACUAUCCCCAAAUUUAUGAUUACCUUGUGAAAGGGUUGGAUAACAAUGGCGUUUGCAUGAUGGCUGGCAUAUGCCCAUCCCCUGACAAGAAAACUCACGAUGGACCAAUCUGGCCGUUACUUCCGGAGAAAUCUCUCAAGAUUGCAACCGAAAUUGCUCUCGAACGUAAAAACGUUGGCGAGCACGGAGCUGGAACGAGACAGGAGGCUAAAAAGACUGAGGCUGACGAGAUGCAAUUGCCGAUCGAAAGGAUCAUGGGACCAUCAGUAAUCAUGGGUGCACCUCAAAUGGACCUUCAGGGAAAGAAAGAGUGCGCAUUUUGCGAAUACUUUUUGCAUUAUAUGCAACAAGUUUUUUCGUACCCAGUCACCGAAGACGAAUUGAAACAAGUGAUGGGUAAAGUGUGUAAGAAACUGCCGAAGAGCGUGCAAAACACGUGUACCGAAUUCCUCAACACCUACAGCGAUGCGAUAAUUGCUCUUUUCGUUCAGGAAAUUGAUCCUUCCGUCAUUUGUCCCAUGAUUUAUGUUUGUCCAUCGAAUGAAUUCAUGGAAGCCUGGGAAAAAAUUCCAAAAGAUCUGAUGAUUAAGAGUGAAGUAGAGGAGAAGCAAAGCUGUCCUCUGUGCCUGCUCGCCGUCACUCAAUUGGAGGAGAUGGUAAAAAAUGAAAAAACCGAGGAGAACAUCGAGAAAGCUUUGGAGAAGUUAUGCAUGCAUCUGCCCAAGAGUCUCAUAACUGACUGUAAUGGUCUCGUUCAACAGUAUAGCCAACAAGUCAUUGAAAUGUUGGUUGCCGAUUUUUCACCUCAGGAGGUUUGCGUUGCCUUGAAAUUGUGCGAUCCUAAGAAAAAUCCCGGAACGCAAUAUCUCACUCCAGUUGGCAAGGACGGAGAAAUACUGUCGAACGAAAUCCCAGAUAAUUCGGUCGCUAUAAAGCCGGUCAAAGAGACUACAAAAUGCGUUAUUUGUGAAUUUAUUAUGCAAUAUCUCGAAAAAGCAAUGAGGAAUAAAUCUACUAAAGAUGAAAUAGAAAAAAUCGUUCAUGGAGUAUGCGAUCAUCUUCCGAAUUCGGUCUCGAAAGAGUGCAACGGUUUCGUUGAUCAAUAUGCCGAUCUUGUGAUCGAACUCCUUUCACAAGAAGUUACACCACGGGAAAUCUGCACUAUUCUCAAUAUCUGCGAGGAUAAUAUGCAACGUUUGCACGAAUCCAUUGCUGAGUGUGCUCUCUGUCAAGGAGUAAUUUCGACGAUCGACGGUCUGCUGGCGAACGCUAAAGUCGAUCAGGAAAUCGAGGAGGUUGUAUCUCGAGUUUGUAAAUACAUAGCUCCAGCGAAGCGCGGCAAGUGCGUCAUGAUGAUGGAAGUUUAUGAGCAAAGUAUCAUAAAUAUUUUACGCGAGCACGGUGACAGAACAAAGAUUUGCAGUCGACUUGCUCUGUGCUCUGCUGGCGAUUAUUUUGCCAUGAUGACUCGACACAAGAGCAUGGCCAUGACUUCGAUCAAAGGAACGAAGCGUUACUAAGUAAAAGAUCCUCAGCGACUGAUUCAUCGACGAGGACUCUACAUUUCGAUGUAAUUCUUUUUUAUUCAUUGAUUCUUCUUCAAAUAAAGUUUUAUAUAAUAAACGAAGAAAAAAGUAUUUUGCCGAAUCGAUAAUUAAUGUUUUUAGAGAGCAUUUGUGCUCGCAAGCAUAAACAUGGAAAUGACGCGUCAAAUAAUGUCGCGUUCGUAGAUUUGCGCAGGAUUUCUUUUUUUUCUUUGAAGUUGUACUUGAAAUUAGUGCUCCUGUGUUGAGCCGGAGAAAGAUCUUUCACCUUGUCGUAAUAACGCAAUCAAGGUUUAAUGCUAAAAUUAUUUGGAUUUUGAGUUACAAUAUCUUUUUUGCUUUUAGGUUUAAAAUGAAUGCGUAAAGAUCGCAUAAAACGUUAAUUUCGUAUCGUUCGCUUCUUCACGAAGUUACUAAAUCUCAGUGAAACUUUUCUAAAGAAAUUCUUUCACAAGAAUAGAUGGCAAUUUUUUAUUUUCUCUUUUUUUUUCUAAAUUGACGUUUUUUACAUUAUUCACUAGAAUAAAAGAGUCAAAAAUAAUAAUAACAUGACAUAAAUAUAAUAUUUGAACUUAAUGAUUCAGCGGCUGUAGCGACGUUUCAUGCUGUGCGGACGAACGUCUUUAUAUCUUCCGUAGCUAUGAUUUGCGACCAAAUAAUAUGAGUUUCCUUAUGAGUACAUGUGAAUUUGGAGCAACACUCGAGUAGUUCACGAACGCUUCAAACUAUUCCAACACACGAGCUCCAUCAUUUUUGCAACAAUAUUGAAUUCACAUGUAGUUCGACACUCGCACCGUGAAAUCGUAUUUCUUAAAUUAAUUCACGGUCAAAACUACUUUUCUCUUUCAUUUGUACGAAAUUGUAAGUUACCUGUGAUAAUGGGAAAAUAAAGUUCUGAAAUUCUA